AUGGGUUGCCUCGGUGGGUUGCCUCGAUGGGUUGCCUCGGUGGAUUGCCUCGGUGGGUUCAUGGUCUCAUGCCUCAUGGACUCAUGUCUCAUGGACUCAUGUCUCAUGGACUCAUGCCUCAUGGACUCAUGUCUCAUGGACUCAUGCCUCAUGGACUCAUGUCUCAUGGACUCAUGCCUCGUGGACUCGUGUUUCCUCGCUGCCAGCCCGGAGUUCAUCAAUCUGAUCUCAUCGGAGGCGAAUGAGAUGUGCAGCAAGGAGGACAAGCGCACCAUCGCCCCCGAGCACGUGCUGCAGGCGCUCGAGUCGCUGGGCUUCAGCAGCUAUCUGGCGGAGGUGCAGGCAGCAUACGACCAGCACAAGUCUGAAACACUGGAGUCACCGCGGGCGCUGGGGCGGUCGAGCAGCAGCAAGGCAUCGGGGGCGGUGGGGAUGAGUGAGGAGGAGGCGAUAGCGGAGCAGCAGAAGAUGUUUGCCGAGGCGCGCGCUGCCAUGCUCAACCUGCAACGGCCCCCCUCCUGA